AUGUCUACAACAGACUCUGAUGCCGUUCAUUUAAAGCAAGCUCUUGAUUUUGAAGAGUUGCAAAAAAAGAACCUAGAGUUGGAGACAACCGUGAAAGAACUAACAGAAAAAAAUUCUACAUUAACUCAUCAACUUUCCGAAUCCAACAGUCAAAAGGAUCGGUUUCAAUCCAACAUUACCAGUAUUGAAAAUGAAAAGAAAGCAUUAGAAGAAAAAUACAAAGAAUUGCAAGAAAGCGAUCAACGUAUAAGAUUGUUGAACAAGGCCACUGCAGAGAAACUCAUUGAAAAAAGAGAUGAACUUUGUAAGACACAGGAAGAAUUUUUGGAAGUGCGUCAGGCUAUCUUGACCAAGGAUCUCAAACUUGAGAAUAUGAAUUUGCAACUGGCGUCCUUAACCGCUUCCAACGAUACUUGUAAACAACAAUUGACAACGGCAAAAGAAAAAAUUGCCUCUCUUGAAAAUCAAAAGAAAACACUCGAAAGAACUCGUCAACGUGAACUUCAGGAUAGGGCUAGAGAACGCGAUGAAGCCAAUAGAAAAUACCAGGACCUGUUGAAAGAAAAAAAUACAUUAUCGAUUCGAUCCGAUUAUGCCCAGCAAGAAUUAAGCCAUGCGAGAGCAUCCGUUGCUCGUCUUGAAGACGAGUUGGACAAAUCGAAAAAAGAGGCCGAGGAUUUACGAACGAGACUAGGUAGCUUACAAUCCAGCUACGACAAAAUGUCGGGACUUCAUGAUCAAUACACCCUCUCUUUGCAAAAAAAGACGGAAGCGCAUGAGAAAGAGAAGCGUACACUACAACUUGAAAUGGACGCAUUGAAAGACGCUCAAGAAGGACUCAAAGCAGAAUUGAAAAAGGAAAAAGAAUACAGUAAGCACUUUUUUGCUCAUAUACCAGAAGGUGUUCUACAACAACAACAACAACAACAACAACAACAAUACCAAGAAAACCAAAAACCCAACGGAACUUGCAACAACAACAACAGCUCCUUCUCAAGCUUACUGGACGAUUAUAAAAAAGACGGUAAAAAUAUCGAGGAUAUCUUUAGAGACUAUUUGGAUAUCCGUGAGCGUCGCGAAGAAUUGAUUCAAUCCAACAGAGAUUUGCACGACAUGGUCGACCGCUUGGAACGUGAAGUGCAUGAUCACAAGACGCUUUACAGCAGUGCCACCGUUGACUUGAAUCGAUACAAGCUUGAAUACCAACGUCUGAAGCAUGCGUUGGACACGACCCAAGAAAAACUGAAUCAGGCUCUCCUGAGCAAAGAUAAACUCCAUCUCGAAUGCGAAAAAUUCAAGAAGCAACAGGAAGAACUGUCCAUGUCCCUCAAAGAUACCACUGUUCAACUUCAAUACCUUUUGAGCGAAAUACAGCGCCGUAAUGAACCGAUUCCUUUGCGCUUGAAGGAUACAGCCGCUGAUCUGCAGCGUGCCAUCGUCGACCCCACGCUCCCCCUCGAUCAACUUGUCUUUAAGAACGUCGUGGAAUUGCAAGAACAAAAUCAACGCUUCAUCAUCGAAAACAGAAAGUAUCAAAAGACGUUGAACGAUAUGCAGGCUCACAUCAGCAUGGUCCAAGAUCUGAAAUCCACACUUUCCGAUGCUGAACAAACCGCCGUCGAUCUGUCACAAAAGAACCAAGACUUACAAAAGAAACUCGAAACAGCCAAAUUAGAGUGUGAAAAUUACAGAAAGCUCAUCAACAGUAGUACAGCAGGAGCAGGAACAACAGCAGCAGCAGGCGGGGAUGCGGUGCUUAGCUUCCAACAGAUGGAAGCAACCCAGCAACAGCAAUUGAAGGAAAUAGAAGUGACCUUUGAGGCUUACAGAAAGGAGACAGAAAAGGACACCCAUCAUCUCAAAGAAGAACUUCAGCGUGUGCGUCGUUCGGAAAGCGAAUCACGCAGCAAGCUGGCGAUCGUCAGUAACGAGAAGCGCUCCUUAGCAGCACAAGUGUCCCGCUACAAAGAACAAGAGUUGGACUGGAAACAGAACGUAAGCAGAACUACUGCGGAAAAUGAACGACUCUCUGAAGAGAUACGUCUCAAGCAGGAGGAAGCCAAUGAUGCGAAGCAGCAAUUAGAAGAGGCCAAGGCCAAGCUGGAAGCCCUUCAGGAGGAAAAUGCACGUCAUCAAGCUCGUCUGGAGGCCAUCACUCAUUCGUACAAUGACUUGAGGGACCGUAUGAACAAAGAGAACACAAGCAGCAACGAAGUGCUCGGUCUGUUGACCUCCCUGAAGAACCAAGUAGAGUCGCUGUCGACCAGCAAAGAAAACGCCGUCAAGGAAGCGCAAGAAACAUCCCAGCGCUUGACACGUGAAUUACAAAACACGUUGGACAAGCUGUCGGCCGCCGAAAAGCAGCUGGAUGGCUACAAAUCCAUUGAUACCAACGCUAUGCGUGAAAAGUAUCAGAAGGCUCAAAUCGAAAUUCAGUUCCUUCAUACCAAGGUCAGCGAAAUGGAACAGAAGCUGUCGGAUGUGAACCAACAAAGAAUCAUCGCUCAGACCAAGUUAGCAGCAGCUGAAGAACAGCUCAAGGAAGCCCUUCACGCCUCGGCUGACGGUACGUCGACGACCGCAUCUCCCAAUGGAGUGGAUGCUUCCUCCGCUUCUGCCAGCGAUAGCGCGAACGCUUGCAACGAGCAUCUCCGUCUCCUCGCUCAAGCCCAGGAUCGUGUCCGUCAAUUAGAAACAGAUAUGGAGAACUAUCACCAGUCCCUGAACGAGGCCAACAAGAAGGCGGAUGAACUGACAGCGGAGCAUGAACAGUUUGUCCAACAAACGCAGUCUACCAUUGAUCGUCUCCUCAAAGAUUUGGAAGAAAAGACAGAGGCUGCCUUGAAGGUGCAAAAGGAAGCGCAAGCCAACAUUGACAACUACAAGUCUCUGCAUGAAAAGUCUUUGGCCGCUCAAAAUGAACUGGUGACAGAGAAGAAAACCCUGGAAGAAAAGGUGGAUCAACUCAACAAGGAGAUUUCUGACAAGGAUUCAGAAAUUGCCACCUUGAAACAAACCGUAGAAGAGGACAAUACAGCUUUGACGCAAGUGAAAUCCAAAUUGGAGGAAGAAUUGAAGAACGCUGAAGAACAACGUGAAACCAUCAAUCAUUUACGUGCGGAUAUCACGAAUCUUACAGCGGAAAUCAGUCAGAACAAGACAGCUAUCGAGGCAGCCAUGGACGUGGAGACGCGCUUGAAGAGCGAACUUGAACGUGUCAACAACGAAAAGACGGAAGCAGAAGAGUGCUUGAAAGCCAAGUUUGCUGAUCUCGAGAAAGAAAGACAGCAGCUGACGGAUUCUGUCAAGGAGCUGGUCGCCAAGUAUGCCGCUUGGGAAUCUUCCAGCAAUAAAGAAAACAGCACAGAGAGUGAAGAGUUCAACCGUACCACAGAAGAUAUCAUUGCACAACUCUCAGAAGCCAAUAGCGCUCUUCGCAUUGAAAGAGAUGCUUCAGAAAUCAAUUAUCAACGUGCUAGUACUCAAUUACGACACGCUCAAGACGAGUUAGCGUCCAUCCAGCAUACAGUCACCACUUUACACGCUGAUGUGGCUCGUCUCAUGAAUGAGAAUACCCAACUGAAGGACAAGAAUUACAUCGAAGAGAACAAAGAAAAAUUACAGGUGGAGGCCAUCAAAUUCCAAAAUGAAAAACUCAUUUUGGAAAAUAAAAAGCUGAGAGAGCAAAAGGAAGCCAUUGCUAUCGAAAAGUCACACCUGGAUUCGCAAUUAGAACCCCUUCAGCUUAAGAUCUCUACCUUAGAAAGUCAACUGGAACAUGCCAAUCAACAAAUUGCAGUUUAUGCCAAGAGCCAGGAUGAGUGGACCGCUCGUUCUGCUAAAUUGCUUCAGAAAUACAAUAGAGUGGACCCCGCCGAGUUGGAAAAACUGAAAUCCGAAGCCGAAAGCCUCAAAUCUCAACUGGAGUCCAUCCAUACUGAAUUGGAAGCCGCAAAGGCUGAAGCCGAGGCUAAGAAGACCGAGUUGGAACACUUCAAGACAGAGAAAUCAACGUUGAUCACAAAGAUUAAUGAAAGAGGCCGCUUAGCCAUGGAAUACAAGAAGAAAAUGGAAUCGAACGAGAAACAACUGAACGAGGUGAAGGAAAAGUUAGCUGAAGCUUCUAAUACAAAUGAAAAGGCCUUUGAAGAACAAAAGAAAAAGUUAGAAGAAGAAAAGGGCACCAUUGAAGCCGAACUCAAGAAGAAGACAGAUGAACAUAGUGAACUGCAACGAAGAUAUGGCAUGCUUUUACAGAGAGCACGCCACCUGCAAGUAGAGAAUAAAAAGUUGAAUGAAAGUAUCAAGGAGAUGGAAACAGCCAAGGUGGACACUAGUGCCUCUUCCGAACGACUUGCUGAGGUCGAAAAGGAACUAUCAGAAGCACGCAAAACCAUCAAUGAGAAUUCAGUUGAACUGACUCGUUUGAAAGCUCAGACUUCCAUGGCACAAAAUAGGGCUACACGUCUGCAGAAAGAGUUGGAAGCGUUGAAAGCUCAGAAAGCUACAGCCACUCCUACGAUUGCUGGUAUAUCAUCCCCCUUGGUUGGAGCAGCUUCUCCCAUGCCUGAGGCUACUGUCUCCACCCCUACUUUGGAAGCAGCCGCUACACCUGAGCCUGUGGCCGCACCUUCUCCAUUGGCCGUUACAGAAUCCGUGGCUACAUCCGCAACCGAACCUAGCGUAUCAACCGCACCAGUGAAUGCAACCGAAGAAGCAGCUACUUCUGCUGCAGUUGAAGCUGAUAUGUCCGCCUCAGAGCCGGAACCUAGCACUGGACAAAGCGCUGUAGCUACCUCGGUUGAGGAAGAAACACAACGUGAACAAAAAACAACGCCGACGGACAAUACUACAACAACAGCACCUGAACAAGAGACAGCGCCUGUUCCAACACCGGGCCCCGAUCCCUCGCUAUCAGAGGAACCUACCGAAACUUCAGUUGCUUCUCCAGUUGUUUCUUCCAAUGUAGAAAAUACAGAACAUGAAGAGGGCGAGUUAAAUGAAGAAGAGGGUGAGCAGUCAACAACCACAACUGCUACCAACACAAUGACUGGAGUCAAAGAUGAGGCUACUGAAUCUUCCACACCGACAGCUACAGUAUCGGAAACGAUAAACGAGGUGUCAACAGGCGAAAAAAGAGAAAGAGAGGAGGAAAACGGUGAAUCUACUGAACCAAGCUCCCCAUCCAAAAAAUUGCAUGUGUAA